AUGGCCAAGUUAAACUACAACCUUUUCUUAUCAGUCUACAUCCUCACCUUCCUGAUCGGCCUUCCCGCCAACAUCCUAGCCUUCUUCACCUUCUGUCGAAAGGUUCACCGCAAGCCAACCCCCAUCGACAUUCUCCUGCUGAACCUGACAAUAUCUGACCUCAUCUUCCUCAUGGUCCUGCCGUUCAAGAUGAAGGAGGCCAAUGACAACUUGAACUGGAGCCUGCCUUAUUACCUGUGCCCCAUUAGCAGCUUCCUCUUCUUCUCCACCAUCUACACCAGCACGUUAUUCCUGACCGCGAUCAGCAUAGAGCGCUACCUAGGUGUCGCGUUUCCGAUCCGGUAUGCUCUAGGCCGCCGACCGCGCAACGCUGUGAUUGCGAGCUGCUUCCUCUGGCUUCUGGGAUCUAUUAACCUCAGCAUCGUGUACAUUGUGCCAUACAUACCCUCAAGUGAUAAUUCGAGCUACAGCAAGCUACAAGCCAAUCCUCACGUCACAAUUUGCUACGAUAACUUCACCACAGAGCAAAUGAACAUUCUGGUUCCUGUACGGCUGGAGCUUUUUCUCGUGCUUUUCUGUAUACCUCUCCUCAUCUGCUGCUUCUGCUACAUAAACUUCAUACGAAUCCUCUCCAAUCUGCCUCAUCUGGGCCGACGGCGUAGACUCAGGGCCAUUGGGUUGGCGGUGGGGACGCUGCUGGUUUUCGCUAUCUGUUUUAGCCCAUAUAACAUCUCGCACGUGGUCGGUUUCAUUCAUGGUAACAGCGAAUGGUGGCGUCAUUUUGCUUUGAUCUCCAGCACUCUGAACGCCUGUUUGGACCCCAUCAUCUUUUACUUUUCCUCGGCUGCUGUUCGCAGUGCCAUACGCGCAUGUGUCAAUGGUCUAAAGGAGAAAAUUCACAUCGUAGGAUGCAGAAACAGCCGUUCUGCGGGCCCUUCCAAAAACGAAGCCUGCAAGGAGACAAACCCACCUGUUAACCUGGGGUGAGAAUCGAGCUACAGAGAGCAUUUUAGUUCAUUUAGGCCCGCAGAAAGAAGUAUUGAUCGCGUGUACUUUUUGAGAGUUGAAAUGACAUAAACGUGACGUGAGAAAGCACAUUUUAUUCAGAUCUUUUAAUGAUCAUUUGGAUAAAAAUUGGAUUUGAAAACAGAUUUAUUCAUGCGAAAUAAAUACAUUUAUGGAUAAACUGGACUUGUGUUGAUUUCCUGGAGAUGAUUUUUCUGUUUACACUGUAUAAAUAUACCAAAAGUAUGUACUUUUCUGUAGCUCAGUUUUUAUGUAUCUCGCUGCACAUUUCGAGGCAUCCUGGCAUAUUUUCAUUACGUUGAUAUAGGUACGUAUUACUGUAUUUUUAAUAUGUUGCCUCGGGUAGGUUCAGAUUUCAAAUACUGGGGACUGUCUGUAAAACUUAAUGCAAAAACCUAAUACAAACUGUAAUUAUUAUCAAAUUAUGUUAUUAGUCCACAUAAAGUGAUAUUCUCUAUGGUAAAAGCUGUAAGCACAGCAUCUCUGACAUAAAAACAGCAGCUGAUAAUCAGUUUAC